AUGACAGAUCUCAGGAUCGUGAUGGUGGGUAAAACUGGAGCUGGAAAGAGCGCAACAGGAAACACCAUUCUGGGACAAGAAACCUUUAAAGAAGAAAUUUCUUCUAAAUCUGUGACGGUGAAAUGCCAACAACAUCAGCAAAAGGUGAAAGGUCAAAUCAUCUCAGUGAUCGACACUCCAGGACUGUGUGAUACGUCAGUCAGUGAAGAACAACUGAAGACAGAAUUAGUGAAGUGUGUAGAAAUGUCUGUUCCUGGUCCUCAUGCAUUUCUGCUGGUCAUCAGACUGGAUGUGAGAUUCACAAAUGAAGAAAAAAACACAGUGAAAUGGAUUCAGAAGAACUUUGGAGAAGAUGCUACACGUUACACCAUCGUUCUGUUCACUAGAGGAGAUCAGUUAGAAAAAAAAAUAGAGGAGUUUCUUACAGAAAAUAAGCAGAUUAAAGAUCUAGUUGAACAGUGUAAAGGAGGUUAUCAUGUUUUCAAUAACAAAGAUAAAAAUCAAUCACAGGUCACUGAACUGCUGGAGAAGAUACACAGAAUGGUGAAAGAGAACAGAGGAGAGCAUUACACAAAUGAGAUGUACAAGAAAGCUCAGAGGAAAAUAAUGUUGAAAAGAGCUGAACAUGUAGCCUUAGUAGGAGCAUCUGUGGCAGGUGUAGGAGCAGCAGUUGCUGGAGGGACAUUACUGGGCAUUGCUUCUGGAGGAGUGGCACUGCCUGCAGUUUUAAUCGCAGGAGGUGCAGCUCUAACAGGAGGAUCAACUGCAAAAGUUAUUGUAGAUAAAAAGUAA